CGACAGGGGCGGGGGUGGCGGCGGCGCGGGCAAGACGGCCAAGAACUGCCGCCGCCGGGCCAUCAGCAUCAUCCGAGGCGGCGGCAGCGGCGGUGCCGGGCUUGCCCGUACGCCCCCGAACGGCGGCACCGGUGGGCUGCGCCGGCGCCGCCGCCAGACGUGAGGCAGAAUCCAUACGCGCGUCCGUACAUCUGACGUCGCCGUCGCCCGCUCCCUCCGGCAUUGACGAUGACGACGGCGGUACGACACUCACGGAAACCGGCGGCGGCGGCGCCGCCGCUACGGAGGACGGCUCCGCAUUGACGACUCGUCGGUCGGUGUCGCCGCCGGGCAAGGUACCCUUGUCGCGGCUGUACAGCAGCGAGGCCGAGGCGUUCAAGGUCGUACGGCAAGUGCAGUACGACCAGCCUUUCUGGCCUUCUGUCACGGAGUUUCGGGCCCUGAGCCCUCCUCGUGCUGCAUCGGCGAGGACAAGUACGACAACAGUGAUGACGACAGCGGCGCAGAGUCCCUCCGCUGCGGGGUCAGCGGCGGCGGCGGCAGCGUCCGCCUCCCCGCUGGCGGCCCUGGCGGCGCCGGCAAGCACGCCACGCCGUACACCCGGGUCCGUACGACCGCAUUCGGCUGUCGUACCGGACCCCUCAGCAGCAGCGCCCACGCCGCGUUGGACCAUCGGCAAGUCGUUAACAGGGCUGACAUCAUCGCCAUCGCCAUCGCCGCCGCCGCCGCCAGCAGCGGAGGCCACCGCUUGGGGGGCCGCCUUCGGUGGCGCCGACGGCGCAACGGCGGCGGCAGCAACCUCCUCUGAAGCGUCUUCAUCCGAGUCACGCCAUGCAGGGAGGUCUAGUCGUGCCGCAAGCGCCACCGCUGGCGGCGGCAGCUUGGGUCCCAGUCCGUUAGGCCUCACGUCGACGCUGACGGUGGCCGCGGCAUCGACAGUGACGCUGACGCCGGCACAGCAAGCAGCGGAGGCUGACUGGCAGUCCUGGCGCAGCCAACACAAGCGCUCCCAAUCCCCCGAAGUCGCUGCCAUUGCGCGGGGGACUGCGGGAACGGCGUCAGCUAUCGCAGCGGCGGCGGCCGCCGCCACGGCCGGGGUCUCCAUUGGUGGCGGCAGCGAGAUCGCGAUGAUGGAGGAGGUGUUUGGCGUGAGGUCGCCUAGCCACGGGGAGGAUCACGGCUUGGACCGGCCCGCAACACCGGUGUCCGGGCCGGCGACGGGGGCAGGAGCGGCGACGCAGCCGUCGGCAGGUGCUCUUCCGGAGGUCGGUCUGUCCGGCGGCGCAUUGUACACUGUCGUACAUAGCAUAGUUACCGGCGCCAGCGGUGGUGUCACCGGCAGCGGCGACAGCCCUAGCCCAGCUUCCGGCGGCGGCGGCGGUGCCAGCGGCAGAGGCGCCGCUGCCACUGCCACCCCUGCCGGCGGUUGCCUAAAGAGCUCUACCAGCUCUGCCCUGGCGCCUAGCGGCGCCAGCGGCGCCUUCACCACCGCCGCCGCCGCGCAUGGCGGCUCAACGCCAGCGCUGGCGGCGGCUGUGUCGGGCAACCCGGCACCCAUGCUGGCGGCGCUGCGGCGGCCGCCUAGCAGCUUCACGAGGCUAUCGAGUGCGGAUGUGCUGUUUACGAACACUCGGGCGUCGUCAGCCCGCGGCCUCAGGAAUCCUGCAUCUGCGCAGAACGUUGGCGGCAGCGGUGGUGGUGGUGGUGGCGGUGGUAGCAGCGGAGGAGGAGGCAACCGCGCGAGCAGCGCUGGGAGCGCGAGUGCUAUGUAGAGCUGAGAAGGUGGACGGAAGGUUGGAGAUUUGAGGCAGGUACUGGUAAGUUGUUAUGAAUGUUAAUAUGUUAUGCUGCGCGUGCGGAUGCUGGUGAGCCUUUUCUUGGUUGGACGUUUGUGCUUGGGCGGGCAUGCCGUUGACAGACUGAAGUGGGUUUGUCCAGGAAAGUGCUUCUAAAUAAAGGGGGGUCGGGACGAGCACACAUGAUACCGUAAUCCAUGGUAACAGGGUUCAACAUUGCACUGUGCAUGUGGUUGACCAAUUGUUUAUUUGCACAGAACGGACGUGAAAUGCCAUUGCGGGUGACGUCUGGUGGAUACUGCUACGUACUGAUGAUUGGCGAAUUGCCUGGUGUUGCAGCAUAGGCAACACUGCAGUGCCGUACAUAGUCUUCGAUGUAUUUUUGUGCAUGCGCGUUCUUCUUCCGUGUGGCAUCUUAUGUAUGUAUGAUGGAGUGGCACAUGGGUGGUAUGGCUGAUCGGGAAUCUGGACUGUGUCUCGUCAUCCCCCAGGCAUGGCACUUGACUCUUGAGGCUGGGCGUGCACAACUGGGACACAUGAGAUUACGUAUGGUGGUCGACUUGUUGGAUUGCAUUGACCGCACGGACUACAUGGUGGAGUCACCCCUUGAAGAAGUCCAGCCAUGAGUGGAUUGGGGCAAGGGUUGCAGCGCAAUCCUCGUGUUCAGUCUUGGGCCUUCAAUUUUGCCCUUUCCGUUAACGGUUACAUAAUCAGGUAGCUAAUGCAGCUCGGUGUGGCGUUAUCGUUGGCCCGUCGUAAAACGUCCUCACGAACCUCAUGCUGCCCAGUAAUCCAUUCUACGCUG